CAUUAUUCAAUUAAAUAAAGAAUACUACCUAAUAUCAAUUAUAAUUUAAUUUUAUGAAUAACAAUGUUGAAUGAAAUGGCUCCUUUCUUUUCAAGAGCUCUUUACAUUCAAGGGCCCAAAAAAUAAGAAUAAUUUGGAAGAAAAGAUAUCCAAGCCUUAAAAGAUUAAUAAGGAUUUAAAGAGAAAUAAAGAGGGAAGGAUUAAUAAGGUAGGAAUUAAUAGUAAAGCUAUAACAGAAAAUAUGAUGGAAAUUACAGAAAUAUGAAGAAAGAAAAUUAGGAAAUGCAGAUGUUGUAUUUUCCGAAAAAUGCUGAUAAUUAAAAUACUACAUAAUAAUAGCAAUAAUUCUCUUAUGAAUAUAAAUAUAAAACUCAAGAAUAAGAUGAAAAGAAUGAAGAUUAUUCACAAUAAAAUUAAGAGGAUUGAUCCUCUUAUUAAAAAAAAGU